AUGGAAAGAAUGUGGGCGACGUUCAUGCUAGCUUUGAUAAUUUUACUAACAACAUCCAUACAAGCAAAGGGUAAUGAGAAAGGAAAUGAUAUUGCCGGUGCUCCAUCGCCUACAUUAGCACCUCAAUCAGAGAAUGGAUUAUUACCUAAUCCUGCAUCUUGUUUGGCCGACGUAAAAACAAUUCCGAAUUGUGUAAAAGCAGUGAAGCGCUUCAAACUCAGAAAUGUCACAAAGAAAUGUUGUGUCAUCCUACUUUAUCUUCCGGAAGAUUGUUUCGGAUAUUUGUUUCCUGUUCGUUGGAUCUAUCGUAUUCUGCUUAAGAUUGCCUGCAAAAUACUAGGUCACAUUUGA